AAAACUGUGUUGAAAUUUUACCACUCAAUUUUGUACGCCCAAUGCGAGACGCCGUGUGUUGCAUGCAUUGCAAUGUUGGAUAGUUAUUUUUAAUUUGUUUCCGUGAUUAUUUGAUAAGGAUAGUUUGCUGACAGUUCGGAUUAUAAGUACUGGCAGUUCUUAUGAGAAUCCCUUGACAUCUUUGAAGUUGUGAAAGUUUUUAUAUUGUUCCAGUUUUCCAUGGUGAAGAAGCAAAUCCUUUGAUUAUUCCACAUCCUUAAAUUGGCAACAUUCCUAUGCGAGUGCAUCGUCCAUCCAAUCUCUGGUAACCUGCGAAAAUGAUCACGUAGAGCUACUCGACUAGCACUACAAAUUUGGCUUGGAACAUAUUCCUGGAGGGUGUGCUUUUGUGUGUUCAGUCGGACUUCCUUAUAUGGACUUGACAAUAGUUUAUAGAAGGAAUAGGCAGUAUCAUUUCAAGCGUCAAGAAAUAGAUUGUUAGAGUGCUACAUCCUGCGUUGUUUCAGUGUUUACGCUUGCAUUUCGCCUGAAAAAAACCUUGUAGACAUAUUGUAUACCUCUGCACCGAGAGUACUGUACAGAUUGAAAUAGCAGUGUAUUUCCAUCAGACAACCUCAGUACAGAUAUCCUUGUUCGCUUUGAGGAGGUGCACUCUGGACAUCUAGGACACCUGAAGUCCUCAGGACACCUGAAGACAUUAAGGACAUCUGAAGACAUUUAGGACACCUAAAGGAUCAGAGAGAACCCCUAAUUAUGUUCUUCAAGUUGUUGUGAAACUCUUCCCGAUACCACACCAACCCUUGAUGCAGAGCAUCUGAGAUAGAACCGCCGAGAACGAAAAGAGGACAAUGGCGCGCCAGAAACCGGAGAAGAUCUACCACAUAGCCGUGGUCGGGAUGUCGGGGACAGAGACCGAGCGUGGCGCUACGGGAGUCGGCAAAUCUUGCCUCUGCAACCGCUUCAUGAAUCCCCAUCAGGACAAGUAUUACACAGACCACAUCUCCGUCAUCAGUUCAAGCGAUUUCAGCGGGCGCAUCGUGAACAACGACCACUUCCUCUACUGGGGAGAAUGCACAAAGAAGUAUGAUGGUGAUACCAUGACUUUCCGAGUGGUGGAACAGACUGAGUUUAUAGACGAUUCAUCGUUCUCACCGUUAAGAGGGUCUAACACUCAUCCGUACUAUAAAAGGGCUGCGGUAACCAAGCUCCAAUCGGCAGAAAAGGUCAUGUAUAUAUGCAAAGAUCAAGUGGGUGAUGAAACUAACUUCCCUCAAAAAAUCCUCCCCGAUGGAAAAUUCCCUGUGGACGGAUACUUGAUCAUCUACGACGUUUCACGAUCACCCGGACACGAGAAACAAAUUGAAUGGCUCACAAAACUCCAGAGUCAACUCCACAAGGCGAAGCGACCAGUCGUCGUUGUCGCGGCCAAGUUCGACGAGGCCUGGGACCAGUACGUGCGGGACGCCAAGGCCUUCGCGAUGAAGAUCAAAGCCCCGCUCAUCGAGACGUCUUCGCAGGAGGGAGUCAACGUGGAUCUGGCGUUCGCGACCAUCGCGAGCAAGAUCGACAAGCGGGGUGGGCCAAAGGAGCUGCCAUUCACAGCUGGCAACGAACAGCGGCAGAAGGUGAUCACACGGGCAGUGGAUGAGUAUGAAUCGAUGCUGAAACUCGAGGUGACCAACUACCAUGAUCUGUGGACGUCGAGAAAGAAACAAUACCAGAAUAGGGAUGUCUUUCGAAAGGUUGUUGAACUAAUUGGCACAAAGAACGCAAAGAACUACUUCACUCGGCACACGCAACGUCUUCGCCAAAACCACCAGCAGAAUAAGAUGAAACUCUACCUAGGAAGGCUUCCAGAUGCGCUGGAGACUAUAUUCCCAGAUUUAAACUCCAUCAGUGGAAGGGACUGGACCGAGUGUCGUAUGCUACUGCCUCAGAUGGCCCACUUUGACGAGUGGUUCAUCAUCCUACCCCAAGAUCAGACCUGGAGGGAGAGCGAAUACAUCGAUACGGACGAGCUCCGCAUCCCUUACGACCUUCUCGAAGGCUACGAAGUGGAGUGUGAGAAUUGCUUCCAGGAUCACGUCAAUAGGCUCAAUGCUGCGAAGAGGAAAGAGAGAAUGAAAGCGGAAUUCAAGAAGCUCCUGGAAUCUCUCCCAAACAUCGUCCUCCCUUUCCGUUCCAUGGAUGAAGACGUUGUCAUGGAAGCAAUCUCCAACCACGAAAGCUACAAGGAGCUGGACGAAAGCACAAAGAUAGCCAUUUAUAAUGUACAUCAAGAGGACAUUCAGGCGAGGGCACAGUCUGACUUUAUUGAGCUACUCAUGGAGAAAUAUGCUCUGCUUGCGGGUGUGGAUAUCACGCAAAAACCAAGCAGAGAGGUGGAGAAAUUGGUCAAACAACUGGAGCAUGAACCUAGGUGGCAGAAGCUAUCGGAGAUGAGUCUCGAGCGAUAUAUCAUGUUGAUAAAGCAGCUUGCUUUUGUACAUAAUCCUACCACAGACAGCUGCUACUAUGGGGAAAAGUGUAUGGAAAAACUAACGCAAUCCUGUAUAGAACGAACAGUACAAAAGUCACCAAUCAAAGAACUGGGCACGUGGGAUGACUCAAGUAACCGACUCAAUAUAGUGGUAAUAGGCGAAGAUGGAUUAGCUGAUGAGCUAGACACAGAAAUCAAGAAUUCACAGGCUAAACAGGGCAGUGGAAGAAACCUUUCCCAGUCGCAAUCAUAUGACGGUGACUACACGUUGGAUAAGGUAUUAUACAGUCUUGAUCUGAAGACUAUAGAGGGCGACAUAACUCAUCCUGGUAAUCAACUCCAAACGGAAAGCUUCACUCCGCAAGGUUGCAUAUGUGUCUUCACGUCACUAGAGGGUUUCCAGUACGUCAGAGAUUGCCUGGAACGUACCAUUCUCUCUGAUAGGGAGGAGUACAACUCAUCUACCCUGAGGGACCUGGCCGUGGUGCUAAUGUUCGGUCGGAGUACCAGUCCGGAGGCAGACACGGCCCAAGUCAGGGAGCAAGCCGAUAGGUUAAGUAACAGAUUGAACAACUGUCAAAUCGUCAAUGUGCCUCCCGACAACACCACCCUAUGGCAGGGGAAGAAAUUCAGCGAAUCUCAGAUACAGGAGGCCCUCAGGUCUGUGGUGGCUGGUCAGAAAUACCGCAGUGGAACCCCCAACCAGGCGGAGAGUGACCGAGGCGAGAACGGCGAUAAUGCUUUCAGGAUCGGCCUAUGCAUGACUUGCGGUGACCCCUUUCAGCCCGACCUCGUCCUGUCACCGAUCACGAGCCACAACUUCAUGGCCACGCCCAACGAGAAGAACUGCAUCACGUGUGACUUGUUCCUCAUCGAUACCAAGUGCCGGGUGGACUUUGAGAUCUCUUCGUAUCAUCUCAGCGAGAGCCUACGGGACCAGCGGGUUCACCAUGGCUACAUCCUCGUCUAUGCAGCUCAACGGAAGGCAUCACUGGAGAUGCUAAGGUGGUUCAUGAAGCUAGUGGAGCCUAUACCGACCCUAGUGGUGGCCGUGUGUGAAGACAUCAACUCAGCUGCGGACGGCAUAGCGGAGGGCCAACGUCUUGUGGAUGGGACAGCCACUGCAAAAUUAGUCCCAGCCAAUUGCUCAUCAUUCAGAGAACAAACUGUGAUCUACAAUAGUUUCUUGAAGGAAGCCCACAGGAAGAGGAAAGAAACAGAGAAGCUUUACAAGGCAGAUGAGAUCGCUAAAAGACCUCCAAUGGAGUUACCAUCUCCAAGUCGAGAUGCCUCUGUGGAUGACGCUCAAACACCUACGUCAGGCUUCACCCCCGAGUUUGUACCCCGCCAGAGAUCCGUUUCUUCGGAAGCGGUGGUCCACGAUCCCCUGGUUAAGCCCAGUGAAAUACGCAACCGCAUGAGGCUACAGCAGCAGUCCCAUUUUAGCUUCCGAGGUGUUGAGGACCAGGUAUACGAUGAGAUCGGUCAUCAGCAAUCUAGAUGGGCACCAAAACCCAGUAAUGAAGCUCGUAUGUACCACACAGCCAACUAUGAAUCCAGGCAACGGCGAUGGGGCUCUGAGGUGAGGCGAAAGCCUAAUUUACCGUUGCCCUCGACACCACAGAGCACUGGGACAGAAGCACAUUAUACUCAAGUUGAGAGGAGAGGUUCCGAACCAGUGCGACCGACGGUAGCGUUGACGGCCCGUUCGCAUCAAGACUCCUUCCAUCCGCCGAGUCCCACUAAACCCAAAGUUAAACCCAAACCGCCGGUUAGGAGCAGCAGUAGAAAGCAAGAGUAUUCGCCAGGUGAUAAUGAAUCUGCAUUCCCUUCUUCACAAGAACAAGAGGAAAUAAAGGCUUAUGGGGAAUUUAGACCACGGACAACUCGUGUCGAACCUGAGGAAAUAGCUGCAUAUGGAGAAUACCGCCAACAAACGCCUAAGCAAACGGAGGAAAAUCCCGUGUACGGAGUUGUUGAUAGGUCUGCUAAAAAAACUGCUACCAAACCUGCUCAAUCUGAUGAAAUUCCUGAAUAUGGAGUGAUCGAUAGAUCUAGGAAAAAACCUGCUGCUGAACCGGCUCCUUCUGAUGACCAACCGCUAUAUGGAGUAGUGGAUAGAGCAACUAAAAAGCCAUCAGUUCCAGCACCAGUUGAAGAGGGAUUGUAUGGAGUUGUGAAUAAACCAGCUAAGAGCCCUAAGCCGAAGGUUUUGCCGAAACCUGAUGCGGUAUAUGGCGUCGUCAACAAGCCGAAAAAAUCUCCAAAACCUUUACUAUCAACUACUGGAUCUGAACUUGAGGGUAUUACAGGUACAGCAGGAAUGUGGACGAAAGCAGACGAGAACCCAGGGAAUGAUAUCUACGCCGUUGUAGACAAAUCUCGUAAGACUGAAGAAGAGGAGAAAAUAACUGAAGAUACGCCUGAGCCUGAGGAUGUGUAUGCUACGGUUGAUAAGCAACGCAAACCGACGGAGCAAAACCCUUCCCCGGACGACCCUCCUUCCGACGGCGGGGAUCCCAUUUACGGGGUCGUCGACAGGAAACGUGAUAGAAAGCCGUCAAACAGAGAUCUGGGUGGUCGUAUUGUGGGCAGACCGACCGAGGUUGGCGACGAUUCCGUCUUUGGGGCUCUGUAUUCAGAGGUCAACAAGGGUUUCAAAACAUCCACGCCAGAUACGAAUCGUUCAUUGGACGGCUCAGCUGUGUUUGGCCCAGAGGAAAAAUGGAAAUUACCUGGCCUUGCUUCAGAUGGUAUCGAUGAAAACAACAUUUCUAUACCAGAGGAAGAGGCAGAAACUGAGGGUAUGGUAGAAAACGUUCUUUAUGAACCCUACACGAGUCAGAAGUCACCGGCUCCAUCAGGUAUGGUAGAUAAUGUACUUUAUGCACCCUAUUCCAGUCAGAUGUCACCAGCUUCACAAACAGGUGAUUCCAUGACCUAUGCAUCAGUGCAGGACCACAGACCUUCAGAGGACCCUAAUGAUGGGAUGAUGGACAACAUCCUCUAUGCCCCUUACACCCCUCCUGCAGAGAGUAGACCUAGACAGCCACCACCACCCACAGCUCCUAAACCAGGGAAAUUAGACCUUAGCAAAUUCCCAGUUCGUAUGGAGGGGUUGAUACGCCCCAUGGGGAGCGUGAACCGCCCCAACGACCUUCCCGUCUGGCACCACCGUCGCACCCCUGCCCAAAAUAACCACCCGCCCCCCUUUGCUAGCCCUGAGAGCGACGAAGGGGCCGGCUACGCCAGUCCGGCCGACGCCCUCCCCUAUGAUCAAGUCCGAAAGGUAAUCGGAAGCAGCUUUAGGACCGGGAGUAGCGGAGGAGGGGGUCCCCAGUCGGGAAUUUACUCGCAGCCCCACGAUCACCUGCCUCGCGGCACUGUUCAGAAGAUCUCGUAUGGCAAACCGAUGGUUGCCCUUCCGCCCCGUCCAAGUGGGCUACCUGUUGCCAAUGACAGCACUCCGGAGGCCUUGUCUGCAGACGUCAGUCGGUCAAGAGAGACGCCAAGGCAGACCCCGGUCAAGAGACCACUGGGGACGGUGGACGCCAGGAACAAGAAGCGAGAAGAUUUCCUCAAGGGUUUGAACAAACUUAUAGAAGAUUCCAUGGAUAGUUCCUUCCAAGAUGAGCCAAAUACACCUCGGGAUAAGCCUAAGCCCAAGAAACAAAAGGGGAAAGGGAAGAAGAAAGGCCAACCAUUAGUACCCAAGAAGCCAGUGAAACCGGCCCUUGAAACGCUGAUGGUGACCGAGAAUGGUGUCCCGUCUUUCAUUGAACAGUGUGUGCAGAAAAUAGAGGAGGAAGGCAUUACUCAAGAAGGUAUAUACAGGGUCUCUGGGAAAGCAGCUGAUAUUGAAACCAUCAUCAAGAUGUUUGACGAGGACCAGAACGCCGAUCUGUGCUCGUUGGAGAACCUCAGUUCCAACACCGUCGCCUCUGCCUUGAAACAGUUCUUCAAGAAUCUUCCCGAGCCUAUUAUACCGUACAGUACACAAGAUAGGAUGAUUGCAGACUACAAAGAAGUCAAUAACGAGGACCUCUUUGUUGAACGAUUACCGGAAUAUCUAGUUGGGCUAUCGCAAGUCAAAAAGACUGUUCUUACUUAUAUGAUGAAACAUAUGAAGAGGAUAACCCAGUGCUCCGAGGAGAAUCUCAUGACCGCCGAAAAUCUGUCCAUAUGCUGGUGGCCUUCCAUGCUGCACCCGCAAAGCAAAUCAUUUGACGACCUCGCAAACGAAGCACUUCUCGCGGCAGUCUUCAAGCUCAUAGUAGAACACUCAGAAACGCUCUUUGAUUUUUUCACGUGAGCACGGGUGCCCCAUAGACUUCACGCACACUGAACCACCGACGUUCAGUUUAAAGUAUAGCCAGCCUUAAUAAACUGCAAGAUUAUACUAUUAUAUAUAGCGAGGUAUUUCCAGCGUCUUAUCCGCGCCUAUAUGCAGCGGAACAGACUGAUGUAUUUCUACUUUAUUUUCUACACUGUAUUAAAAUAAGGCACCCACAGUUAUAUUUGUUAUAUAUCGAGCACUGGAGGAGAGGAUAUUUGUUAUGAUUUUAAAAUGAAUUCUGCCCUCGCUUGGUGAUGGAAGGAAGAUAGCCCUCGUUUCCUGAUUUCGGGGAUGUAGCACUAUUGAAUGCCAUCAGUUGGUGGAAAAAACUUCACUUAUGAUUAAACCGGAGACUCGGUGAUCAUUCUCUGUGGAAGACGAUCUUCAGUGGCUGAGGGAAUGGCCGAACCGGAAAUCGCUCUGGCGCAUCGAUGAGGGAAUGAAUCUAGUUGGUUCAAAUAAACAGAUAUAUGUCAUUUUUUUCCAUUAACCAGGGUUGUCAAAUGUGGAUAGAUGUCUUGAUGCUGUAGCUUUUUGAAUGACAGAAUCUCUUUGAACUUAUUCACUCAUUUGAUUUUUAAUACAACGGCAUCAUUUAUGGAUUCCAGCCAUCUCUAACUGUUACAAGGAUUAGUGCAUUCAGUUAUCAGCACUCAUCUGCACUCAUGGUUAUCAAUCAUUACCACCAUGCGAUCUUGAUUACCCACAAUGCAUCACUGAUUACCCAUGAUGCAUCACUGACUAACCUUGUCACCGAGCGAUGUUCACUCAACACCAGACACCUCAGAAAAUAUUGAGAAAUAUUUAGACACUGUCCUAGCAAGAUUCCUGGGUAGUGAUUCACAAAGAUUUACGUUAACAAAAAAAAUACUUAUAAGUUACCGGUAAUGUGUUCUAGAUAACGCAACACCAGAAUGGUCAGAUCAUUGGAUGUGCUUUACUGGACAUUAAUUAAUGAGAUGAAAUGUCGAAUUUGAUGUGCGUGUUGGAGCAUGAUUUUUCCGGAGACAUAAAUCUUUCUCAGACGCCUUCCAGAUCAAGACAAUUUUACUAUUAUAUCAUGAAAUAUUAUUACUAUUAUUAAUUUGAUUUAAGAUGAAAUGAGUGACGGUGAGAAACUAUACUACUGUAUGUUAUCAAAUGGGGUCUAGACACUUGUCCACUUACGUAACGUCAUGACUGAUAUUUCUGAAAUAGUCUUGGCUUGGUCAAGAUUUGUUUUACGAUGGGCAAUUAAGAGCAAUGACUUUUUACAUUCACUCUUGAACUUAAUUCUAUUAUCUUUUUAGCCUAUAUUGGUAAUUUCAAAAUAAGCAGUGUUGUCUAUAUAGGAAAGAACUAGUAUUGACUUUUUUUCUUGACGGCAAAAAUGAGUAAACUUUUAACCUUUUUCGUUAUUCGGAUUUGAAAUCAUGAAUUGAAAUAGGUCCCCAUGUUGUAUGUAUUGUCAGUUAAGUUUAUUUCAAAUUGUUAUAUUUUUCACUUUCUGUGAAAAAGGUGGCACUUACAUUGUCAUAAAGGUACUGCUAAAAACAGAUCAAAUCUGUUUUGAAAUUAUAUGGAGGUAUAUUUUGUUGAGUAAUCAUUGAGUGUUUAUUCUGCCGCUGCCUUUUUGAAUCGGUUCAAAGUAUUAUAUUGUUUUCAAACUUGUUUAUAUGUAGGGGUAAUACAUGCCUAAACCUUAAGACAAUGGUAAAUCCAGAUCUAUAUAUAUUUCAGGCAUUGUAAAGAAAACAUGCAAAGUAAUGCCUGAUAUCGAGUAUUUUGAGAAGUUUUCAACGUCAUGGUGAUGAGUAUUAAAUCUUGCUUUUGAAGAAAUUUGAUAUUCUAUACAUUCCCAGUUAUGUAGGAUUUUUUUUACAGUGAUUGAACUGUAUACAUGUUUUUAUUGCUCAUAUCUCUUGGUAGAGUCAUAGUAAUGGCUUAAUGUAUUGUUGAAAUGAAAAAUAGAGGUCCAAUGAAGGAUCCUUGUGGCACACCACAUUUUGUUUCAAAUUCCUACCUGUAUAGCCUCAUAUAUACUGGUUAUUGUUUCUGCCAGGUCUUAUGUUUGUCACAUUUCUUUUAAGGAAGAAAGUGAUACAUGCUUUGUUAGAUUUGGUGGCAUUUGUCAAUUUUAUAGUUUUCCAAAUCAACUUCAGGUAUUAUUUUCUUUCUUAGCCUCGAUUCAAUUGUAAUUGAACUAAUAUAAUUGUAUAUGGAUUAUUAAUGCUUAUUCAAUUUUGUACCAUCCAUGGCUUAGCAAUUCAAUUUUCACCUGUUCCAAACAAAUUUCACUAUGCUUAACUUCUUACAUAUUUUUCCGCUCAUUACUUUAGAGAAGUGGUUAUUGUUCAACAGCAUUUGUAUAUUAGUCACCAAAGUUUACUUUGAAUUAUCAUUCAUUAUCUUACCAUACAUUGUAUUUCUUAUUCAUUUAACUCUUAUUAUUCAUCCAUACUCCUUCAUUACACUUGGAAAUAUCAAAAGCUCUUCCCCAUUUCUGUACUCUACUUCAUCUUUACCCUGGGAAAGUUUGCUUUAAAGUUAAAAAAAAACUCGGUCGGCCGGUAACAUAAAGCUUCGCGAUUGAUCAUACAUGUAGGGCUAAUUUCUAUGACUAAUCAUACACAAUAGUCAAUGCAAUCAAUCGUAGAAAUUUAUCGCUUAGCUUUAUGUUACAUGGGCCAGAUGUGCAAUCCUUUUCUGCUUUUCUCAAGUUUUUAAAAACAAUUUGGCUUCCAUCUCAGCAGGACACUCCAAAAUACCCCUAUGAAUAAAAUGGAAUCAUCCAACUUGCUUCUCCCUGUUAAGUCAUUGGGUGAUGGAUACACAUAAAGUCACUGGCCCGUAUUCUGAACUCGGGUUUAAAUUAAACCCUGGUUUUAAAAGUUUUGAUUUAAAUAUGGAGAGCCAGUUGGGGCACAAAUCCAUAACAGUACAAAUCCACUUUAUUAACUCAUUGACACUCAAAUGGUUCAUGGUUGUCUGGGAAUGAUAAAGGAAGUAUUUUUUUUUCUUCAUUAUAAAAGCAAAAGGAAACAAACGAGUAAAUAUAAGAAAUAUACAAUAAAUACAUAAUUAAGAAUUUUUGGCCUUCAUAAUUUUAGGAGAGUUUUGGACCGGGGUCUAACUUUAUUAAACCUGACUUCAGAAUACAGGCCCGUUGGUCAUGUUACAAAGUGUUUAGUGACUAAUCAUAUGUUAAGAAUUUCCGAUUGAUUCUACAUUGUGUUCUUGCGAUCAGUUGGUAAGCUUUGUAUGU